UAAUGGAUGUUAUAUAGAAGAGGGUAUCUUACAUCAUCUGUGGAUAACAAUGGCCCUGUGCUGUCUCAAACAAUGUCUGUGUGUCAUGAUGGAAGUGCCAACGGGUCAUUGAGUUUCAAUCUGUUAAAGUAAUGAAAUAACGGCUGGGUAGUACAAAAUAUUCUCGCUUUUGAAUAAAUCAAGGUAUUUUUUAAGUUACACCGAGCUGUCGGUUAACUGAGGGAAUAAAGUUACCAAGUGUCAUCCCGCUGCUCGCUUUCGGGGUUGUUAUUUCGCUAAAUGCAAGUAAAAAAAAAAGGAAGAAAAUAGAAGCGUUGCUUUUGUGUUCCAAUUCCCUGACACAUGCACAACAGAUAUUUCUCUUCUUGUUAAUUGCCUACUUUGUAAACGCAUGUUGGAUGUGCAGAGAACGCCUGUGCUGCAGACUCUCGCCACCACACCGUGCAGCUUGGGCCCAGCUCACGGUGUUUUGACAGAAAAGAGAAUCCCAUUUUGCGGUCGGUGCCAAGUAUGAUGUGAAAAGAUAUCAUGCUGGACACAGAGUCAUAGACAAAGUGCAAGAGGAUGGAAAGUUGGCUCAUAGAGGGAUGGAGGUAAUUGCAGAGAAGAGCGCUAGCAGGGAUUUAACCACACUCACAUGCUGCGCUGGAUCAUUCCCUCUUUUGUGAGGCGGACAAUGAGAGCUGGGGGUACAGGGCUUAAAAAGGAUACAGACGCAUCACACCCAGCAACCCUGGAGAGACAGCAGCCACCACAGAGUUGCUGUAUGUUUAGGAGGACCGUACUUCACGUGGCUUCUCCAAGAUGCUGUACACUUUAGCGGGAGGGGGCACACUGUGCGGUGUGGCCGCCCUGGUGCUUCUCAUCGUUUCUACGGCAACGGACUUCUGGAUGCAGUAUCGGUACUCGGGAAGCGCGGCUAAUCAGGGGCUUUGGAGGUUCUGCAUCAACCACAAAUGUCAUGCCCACACAAUGAGUGUAGCCUUCUGGGAUGCCACCCGGGUCUUUAUGUUACUGGCGGUGCUGAGCUGCUUCGCCGGCGUGGUGCUCGGCCUCAGCGCCUUCACCAACGGCACCAAGAACAGGAGGGUCCGGACGGGCGGCGUGGCCCUGGUCCUGUCAGGCUUCCUUGCUCUGCUGGCUUUGGCAAUUUACACCGGAGUGACUGUCUCCUUCUUUGGCAAACGCUUCCCGCACUGGCGCUUUUCUUGGUCCUACAUCAUCGGCUGGGUGGCCAUCGUUUUGGCUUUUUCUGCAGGCGUGUUUCAGUUGUGUGCUUACCAGCGGACCACAGCGGAACCCGCUCCUUCAAACAACCCAGACAGCUGAACCAAUGAGCGGGCCCACUGCAGUGGACCUCAGCGUAACAUUGGAGUGCCUGGAAUGGAAUAAAUUGAAAUGAUAAA